AAAUGUUUUCAGAUGUAGAGCAGCGCUGGACUCAGGAUUCGUUGUUAAAAAGAUAACAAAGUUCAAAUUCCACUGAGCUGUUUCUAUUCCUGGACUGAGGCAGAGCUUUAUAAUCCCUCCCACCUUUCUCUUACAGCCAGCUCCUCUCUGACUCAACACUUCCUCAUUCUCUCCCAAUCAGAUCUACAGUUUGAAGAUGGGUGUGAGCAACAGGAGCUGACGUUCACAGCACAAACACAUGCUGUACAGAUCAGAGCUCAAACUAGUUUCAUUUCUCAGGAACUCAAACUCAGACGGUCGUUGUCUCUGAGAGCUGAAAUGGCGCAGAAAGGAAUUCAGCUGGAUCAGGAAACCAUCUCUUGUUCCAUUUGUCUGGAUCUACUGAAGGAUCUGGUGACUUUUUCCUGUGGACACAGCUACUGCAUGAAGUGUCUUCAAACCCACUGGGAUAAAGAGGAUGAGAAAAAACUCUACAGCUGCCCUCAGUGCAGGCAGACCUUCACAUGGAGGACUUUCUUGCAAAAAAAAAUAGCAGAUUUAGAAAAGAAGCUGAAGAAGAGUGGACUUCAAGCUGCUCCUGCUGAUCACUGCUAUGCUGGAGCUGAAGAUGUGGCCUGUGACGUCUGCACCGGGAGGAAACUGAGAGCCCAAAAGUCCUGUCUGCAAUGUCUGGCCUCUUACUGUCAGAAUCACCUUCAGCCUCAUUUUGAAUCAGCUCCUUUGAAGAAACACAAGCUGGUGGAGCCGUCCAAGAAGCUCCAGGAGAACGUCUGCUCUCUUCAUGAUGAGGUGAUGAAGAUAUUCUGUCGCACUGAUCAGCAGUCUAUCUGUACUAUCUGUUUAUUGGACGAGCAUAAAGGCCACGACACGGUCUCAGCUGCAGCAGAGAGGGCCGAGAGGCAGAGAGAGCUGGAGGUGAGUCGACAAAACAUCCAGCAGAGAAUCCAGGACAGAGAGAAAGAUGUGAAGCUGCUUCAACAGGAAGCAGAGGCCAUCAAUCGCUCCGCUGAUAAAGCAGUGGAGGACAGCCAGGAGAUCUUCACCCAGCUGAUCCAUCUCAUAGAGACACGACGCUCUGAUGUGAGCCAGCAGGUCCGAUCCCAGCAGGAAAGCCAAGUGAGUCGAGUCAAAGAGCUGGAGGAGAAGCUGAGGCAGGAGAUCGCUGAGCUGAAGAGGAAAGACAGCGAGCUGCAGACGCUGUCACAAACACAGGAUCACAACCAGUUUCUACACGACUACCCCUCACUGUCAACACUCAGACAACCUACACACUCAUCCAGCAUCCAUAUCCGUCCUCUGAGGUACUUUGAAGAAGUGACAGCGGCUGUGUCAGCAGUCAGAGAGAAACUACAGGACGUCCUGACAGAGACAUGGACAAACAUCUCUCUCACAGUGACUGAAGUGGAUGUUUUACUGCCACAACCAGAGCCCAAGACCAGAGAGGAGUUCAUCAGAUAUUCAUGUGACAUCACACUGGAUCCAAACACAGCAAAUAGAAAUCUGUUAUUAUCUGAUGAGGACAGAAAUGUUACAUGGACAAUGUCACUGCCUUAUCCUAGUCACCCAGAUAGAUUCACUGGUCUUUCAUGUUAUCAAGUCCUGAGUCGAGAGAGUCUGACUGGACGUUGUUACUGGGAGGUGGAGAGUAGAGGAAGAGUUGAUGUAGCAGUCGCAUACAAGAAUAUCAGCAGAAAAGGGGAUGGAUGUGUGUUUGGAUGCAAUGACAAAUCUUGGGUGUUAUGUUGUGGUGACAGUGGUUAUGAGUUUUGGCACAACGACGUCCUGACUCCUGUCUCUGGUCCUUGGUCCUCCAGAGUGGGAGUGUACCUGGAUCACAGAGCAGGUAUUCUGUCCUUCUACAGCAUCUCUGAAACCAUGACUCUCCUCCACAGAGUCCACACCACAUUCACUCAGCCUCUACAUGCUGGACUUUAUGUUGGUUCCACUGCUGAGCUGUGUAAGCUGAAGUAGACAGAAGUCAUUUAAAGGAAAAUUGGGUUAACUUCUGUGUUUGAAUCCUUCAGCUUGAUUUUUCUUCAUGUUUGUUGCUGAGAGCUGAUUGGACCUCAUUCACCAACCAAACAGAUUUAGAAAUAACACGACAUCUUCAGUGGCUCUCAUGGAAUUUUGUAGAAGAAAUAACAUCAGACACUUCAAACAAAGAAUCUGCUGCAUGAAUCUGACACAGUAGGUCAUCAAUUAUUAAUAAUAAAACUUCAGAAAUAUGGAAUAAGAGGAGUAGCACUCACUUGGCUGGAUGCUUACUUAGACCAUAAUUCAGUAUGUUCAUAUAUAAAUUAAUAUAUGUGAAUGAUAUAUGUGAAUGUUCUUUAUACUGACACUAUUUCUAUUUGUUUAUGAUACAGAUUUACUUUAUUACAGUGACCAAAUGAUAAAAACCUUUGGCUAUCUCAGGUCUCAUGGUGCGAGGCUUUUUCUGCUCUGAAGUUGACAAGAUUAGAUUGGCAUAUAUUAGCAAAAAAUUGAUGUUGAUUUUAGAUGGUAAUCGAUCACUAUUUUAUUCA